GUAAUACUUAACUGAUAUUUUGUUAAUUAUUUUCCGAUAAUUUACGUUUAAUUAUUGAGUGAAAAUGGGUCCUGAGUUUUUUUUAAUUGGCAAAAUAUUUGUUUUGAUAACUGGGGCUAGUAAAGACAUCGGAAGGGAAAUAGCUAUUAAAUAUUCAAAUAUAUUAGAUAACGGUUCACACUUUUUAUUGAUAGCUCGAAAUAAAACCGGAUUGCGAGAAACAACUAGUAGAAUGAGCAACCGGGUCCAUGUUGAUUACGCUAGUAUAGAUUUAUCUAUAGCGCAAGCUGAUCAGUUAGAAGAUCUAAUUAGAAAACGCAUUAAUCCAAAUGAUUAUGAUGGUGCUAUUGUCAUCCACGACGUUGGAAGUGUUGGUGACAUAAGCAAAUUGACCAACGAAAUGGAUAAUUUUGAUGUUUGGGAAAAAUGUUAUAACUUAAAUGUUUUUUCACCAGCUGUUUUGACUUCUACAUUUAUGAAAAUAUUUAAUGAUAAGGUUAGAGCGAAAAAACUGGUCAUCAAUCUCACCUCAUGGGCAAGUUUGACACCUUACCAGUCAUUGGGUUAUUACAAUUCUGCAGAAGCUGCACGUGAGAUGUAUUUCAAAGUUUUUGCUAAAGAGUUUCCAGAAGUCAAUGUUUUAAAUUAUUCUCCGCAUAUGGUGGAUACUGAUUUGUUGAGAAAAAUGGAAAGCAUAAACAGAACCUCUGAAGUUCCAGAAUAUAUAAAAAAAUCCCGUCGAGAAGGAAAAGUUGUUACUACUAUUCAAGCGGCUAAUAGACUUAUUAACAUAAUCAAGAAACAUAAUUACAAAUCAGGAGAACACGUUGAUUAUUUUGAUUAACUUUAAAGAUUCAGAAGUCCAAAUAUCUCAAU